ACACACACACACACACACACACACACACACACACACACACACACACACACACGGACAUGAUUGCCUUAGGAGUUGCACUAUCACAACCACCACCACCACCUCUACUACUACUAUCACUACUACUACAACCACUACUACUACAGACAGUGACCGGGCAGGUGCUACUGAAGGAAGGGGGCAAGGAGCAGUGCCACGGUGAGAGCAGAGGUCAUGGCACCCUCACCACCACCACGAGGACGCUGCCAGUGCUGAGUGGACAAGGGGCACUGUUACAUCCUGGAAACGGUGGAGAUUUCGGCAGGUGGGGAAGGUACGAAUGUGUGAACGCGGCAGCUACGCCCAUGCCUUCCAGCUGAAGGUGGAGGAGCCGCGGGGCACUAUAGGGGACGACACAGCUCUCAACAGCGUGCGUCUCUACUGUCAGGCCGCCACGAGUAAGGCUGACAGUGGGAGUGUAGCCUCAACGGUGCAGUGCUGGGGCGAGUGGCUGGAGAGGAGAGCGUGUGAGCCUGGUACCUUCCUGCAUGGGGUGAGGCUCUGGGUGGAGGAACCUCAGGGGGUGCUGGACGACGUAGGAGCAACAGACGUGGACAUGGUGUGUAGCGAUGGGCGUGUCCUGUAUGGCGGGGGCGCGUGCUGGGGCGACCAUAGCGGUUGGUUCACCUGUCCUCAAGGAUACGCCAUCUGUGGAAUCAGGACUCGUGUAGAGGGUUGGGCAGGACUCAUGGGGGACAACACAGCGCUAAACGACCUCAUGAUGGUGUGCUGUGAGCUGCCCUGACACACACACACACACACACACACACACACACACACACACACACACACACACACACACACACACAGGAGAUAAAUGAUAAAGAGUUGAAUAUAAUGUAAGAGAAGAAAAUUAAUUGUUGAAUAAAUAGAUGAACUUGUUAACAGUUAGUCUCAUUUAAAGGUUCGAAUCCCCGCGAAGUAAAUGAACCUGAAUCAACUUUACGCGAUACACUGACAAUUACAAUCCAAACGAGCUAAUUCACACACACACACACACACACACACACACACACACACACACACACACACACACACACACACA